GGGCCGGGCGGCGGCGCCGCAGUGACUCGUCGGGCUCCGUGGCGGUGGCGGCGGCUUCCGAGGUUUCAGAGGAGCGGACUGUGUGGCCGGUGGGCUGCUGCGGCCUCGCAGCUACCUUUGUGCCGAGCCCUUCCCUUCUCGGGCGGCUGCGGUGGGCACACCCGGGGGCGGCGGCCACCGCGGCCAGGUUAGCGUGGGGGAAGGGGCAAGCGCCCGAGUAGCCCAUCUGCAGUCAGUGAAUCCAAGCCGGCCCACCUCCCACGAUGUCGGACGAGGCGUCGGCCACCACUUCCUAUGAGAAGUUUUUAACCCCAGAGGAGCCCUUCCCUCUCCUAGGAGCCCCUCGUGGGGUGGGCACCUGCCCCAGCGAGGAACCUGGCUGCCUGGACAUCAGCGACUUUGGCUGCCAGCUCUCCUCCUGCCAUCGCACGGAUCCGCUCCACCGGUUUCACACCAACAGGUGGAACCUCACUUCGUGUGGUACGAGUGUCGCAAGCUCAGAAUGUAGUGAGGAGCUCUUCUCUUCAGUUUCUGUUGGAGAUCAAGAUGAUUGCUAUUCCCUCUUAGAUGAUCAAGACUUCACUUCUUUUGACUUGUUCCCUGAGGGAAGUGUCUGUAGUGAUGUCUCCUCUUCUAUCAGCACAUAUUGGGAUUGGUCAGAUAGUGAAUUUGAAUGGCAGUUACCAGGCAGUGACAUUGCCAGUGGAAGCGAUGUACUUUCUGAUGUCAUACCCAGUAUUCCAAGUUCACCUUGCUUGGUUUCUAAAAAGAAAAACAAGCACCGGAAUCUAGAUGAGCUUGCUUGGAGUGCAAUGACAAAUGAUGAACAGGUGGAAUAUAUUGAGUAUCUGAGCCGAAAAGUCAGUACUGAGAUGGGCCUUCGGGAGCAACUUGACAUUAUUAAAAUCAUUGAUCCUUCUGCUCAGAUCUCCCCUACAGACAGUGAGUUCAUUAUUGAACUUAACUGUCUCACAGAUGAAAAACUGAAGCAGGUCAGAAACUAUAUCAAGGAGCAUAGCCCUCGUCAGCGGCCUACAAGGGAGGCCUGGAAGAGAAGCAACUUUAGCUGUGCAAGCACCAGUGGAGUGAGCGGUGCUAGCGCCAGCAGCAGCAGUGCCAGCAUGGUCAGUUCUGCAAGCAGCAGUGGGUCCAGUGUUGGAAACUCAGCUUCAAACUCCAGUGCCAACAUGAGUCGAGCACACAGCGACAGCAACCUGUCUGCAAGUGCAGCAGAGCGGAUUCGGGAUUCAAAGAAGCGAUCCAAGCAGCGAAAGCUACAGCAGAAGGCCUUCCGCAAGAGGCAGCUGAAGGAGCAGAGGCAGGCGCGGAAGGAGAGGCUCAGUGGGCUCUUCCUAAAUGAAGAGGUGCUGUCCUUGAAAGUGACUGAGGAAGACCAUGAAGCGGAUGUUGAUGUGUUGAUGUAAUAGGGUGAAUUGGUCAGCGUUCUUUCGAAGCAUUUUUCUCUCUUCAUUAGUUUACAUACAUCUUGACCAAAAUUUUGGUUAGGGUUGUGCUGAUGUACCAUUAAUAAUUUAGGCCAGUGGUUCUCAGAGAGUAGCCCCAGCACCUGCAGCUUUCAGCAUCACCUGAAAAGACCUUAGAAUUGUGUUUGGGCUCCAAUCCAGACCCACAGGCAGUGUGGACGUGGAGCAGCACUGUGUUCUACCCAAUGGCAGACUAUUCUCAUGCACAUUCUCAUUUAAAGACCACUGGUAAAUGUCUUAACUACUUUAACUUUAUGGCGAUUAAGUAGGCUUUUCAAAGACUACUACUGCAUUUCCAGUUUGGGAAAUUUCAAAGUACUGAUGAGAAGUAGUUUAUUUUGUCAGUAUAUAUGUAGGGUCCGUAAUUCAGUUCCCUUCUUCAGAAGAUUUUUUUUUUUUUUGGUUUACUUUUUCAAAAGGGCCAUAGUAUAAUUCUUAGUUCCUAGGGGCAAAUCCUUUUUGAGGUGGGGGUGCACAUAAGGUAUGCAUUGCUGUUUACAAUAGUGCCUUCAUUAGGUUUAGUUCUGUUUUCAUUCAUUAUUAGUGCAAAGGGAUAAAAAAAAGGGCCCUAGUCUUUUCCAAUUAGAUGUGGGUUUUUUCUUCUUGUGUGCUUUAUGUCAAGAGAGAAUCAUUUCCGCAAGUCAUAACUACUGAGAAAAUAAUGCUAUAGUAGCGAAAUUUUAGACUUAACUCUGUGUUGAUGAAGUUUCAAGUGGAGACUCCAGUUAGGCAAGGAUACCAAUCAAGUUUUCCCAUUGUAUCCUUACAUUUUAGGCUGCCGCAUAAUCUCCAAACUAGAACAUUUAUCUCUUUCUCUCUAUCAAAAUAUUUGUGUAGUACACCUCCAAUUUUACAUGUUUGAUAUGUGGUGAGGUUGGUGUUUAAACUUAGCUGACAGACCACUUGGAGUUCAACAAACUUUAGAGACUGCUAUGGGUAUACAAAGCAGUCUGCUGUAGAAAACACCUUUGCUGGUGCCUAGUAGGACUCUUUAGUCUAAAUGUGAAAUCAUGGAGUUUCCUUAGACAUUUUUUCAAAGAAUUCAUUAUCAUGAA